AUGCCCCAAUUCAUCCCAACCUACUUAAACCCUGGCUCGGCCGUUGAUACGACAGGGACAUCAAUUCCGACUCUCAUCAUUAUUUUCACUGUUCUCGCUUGUGCGUCUAUGCAGAUCAGUCGAAGACUUCUCCCGGACAUUGUCAACAUCCUCCAGGAAAUCGGCACUGUUUUGGCACCUUGGUAUUUCAGCAUUGCUGGUGAAAAGUUCCCUGGGUACCCUGGGCCUGCUAGUCCAGAUGUAGUGCGGUCAUACGACAAAGCCAUUCACUACCUUGAAUAUCAUUAUGAGGAGUGGCGUUGCGCGUUACCCAUCUACAAACUUGCGGAGCCUUUCAAUCCGACACCCAAUGAGAUUUAUAUCUACAGCGGACGAUCACCAAGCACUACGCCAAAAAGAUCUCUUUUGAAGACUCCCCGUCGAAGGGCUCCACAAGCGACAUUUUCAGGCCAUAUUCCAUCUCGGAUGAACAUAGUACUGAACAUGGAUGAGGAUUAA